AUGGCUCAACUGAGGGAAAACAUUCUGAAUAUUAUUGAGUCAUGCUGGAGUACAAACCCGUUCGUGAAGUUUCAAGGUAUUGCAGAAAACUUCUGGAUAUUGAGAUGUAGAAAAACUGUUCGUGAAGUUUUGAGAUAUUGCAAGAACUGUAGAAGGUUUGAAGUUUCCAUUGCUGAGGUUAUGCCGGCCCCUUUGCCAGAAAAUCGUGUAAAGAAUGCAGCUGCGUUUGAAAUAACAGGAAUUGAUUUAGGAGGGCCAUUAUACUUAAGAAAUGGAGAUAAAGCUUGGUUCGUUCUCUUCACAGGCGCUGUGAUUCGAGCAGUGCAUAUAGAAUUAGUGCAAUCACUGAGCACCGAAACCUUUUGUUUAGCAUUUCGAAGAUUCGUAUCGAGAAGAGGAAGACCCUUGUAUGUGUAUUCUGAUAACGCUACAAAUAUUGUAGAAACUAAUAAUAUUUUACAUCAAAUUGAAUGGCAAAAGGUACAGGAAUUGGCUUCAGUUAAGCGGAUUCAGUGGAUUUUCAUCCCUCCUACCGCCGCUUGGUGGGGCGGAUGA